UCGGCGGCUACUGCAGAGGAUUCAGAGCCGAGUCGCUGAGAAGGAGGAGGCUCCCAGUCCCUGCGCGCCAUCCGCCACCUUACUGGACACGGGCGAGGGAGCGAGAGCGUCGCCUCUGUAGCCUUCAGAGAAGACAAGGGCAUCGCCGCUUCAGCUGCCGCCGCCGCCGCCGUUUUCGCCUGCAGCAGCUCGCCGGAUUCUCAGUUGUCCACAAUGAACCCUGUUUAUAGCCCCGUGCAGCCUGGGGCUCCUUAUGGCAACCCUAAGAACAUGGCCUACACAGGUUACCCUACAGCCUAUCCAGCUGCAGCCCCUGCCUACAAUCCCAGCCUGUACCCCACCAAUAGCCCCAGUUAUGCUCCAGAGUUUCAGUUCCUGCAUUCAGCUUAUGCAACUCUGCUGAUGAAACAGGCCUGGCCACAGAACUCGUCUUCCUGUGGCACUGAAGGCACCUUCCACCUCCCAGUGGACACCGGGACCGAGAACCGAACUUACCAAGCAUCCUCUGCGGCUUUCAGAUAUACUGCGGGGACACCAUACAAGGUCCCACCGACCCAGAGUAAUACUGCUCCGCCCCCCUACUCCCCAUCACCCAACCCCUAUCAGACGGCCAUGUAUCCCAUCAGAAGUGCCUACCCCCAGCAGAAUCUGUAUGCCCAGGGAGCCUACUACACACAGCCGGUGUAUGCUGCCCAGCCCCAUGUCAUCCACCACACCACGGUCGUCCAGCCCAACAGCAUUCCCUCUGCCAUCUACCCGGCGCCUGUCGCUGCUCCCAGGACCAAUGGUGUGGCCAUGGGCAUGGUGGCCGGCACCACCAUGGCGAUGUCAGCAGGUACCCUGCUGACUGCACCCCAGCACACCGCGAUUGGGGCACACCCUGUCUCCAUGCCAGCAUACAGGGCCCAAGGGACCCCUGCGUACAGCUAUGUGCCCCCGCACUGGUAAAGCCUGCAUCCCAUCCAAAUCUGGAGUCACACAUUGUAUGCAACUACUCAAGUCUUACACAGGUGCUGGAGCAGCUCCCUAGCAGCACCACCUCUAUUUGCAAGAAGAGACAACGGAAGUGCAAGGGUCACUUUAUGCAUCUUUAACGGUUUUGGUUUUUAUUUUCGGUUUUUGUAAAAGCUGCUUUUUCUAAUCUCCUGCCUCUCCCCACUGUCCCCCUUUUAGCCACUGCCCUUCCAGCUCUAGCCCUCCUCCUACCUGACCAGGCACAUCCUCUUUGCUCUUCUUUUCUUCCCCAAGAAUCCAGUCCCGGGAGCCUAGUCUAGCAGCAGUCAGAGAGUGGGGUCUGUUGCAGUGGUUCAGCUGAAGGCGCAAUUUCGUUUGAAGAGCAUGAGAGAUGUGAUCCUCAGGUCCAGGGUAGGAACUCAGAGCUGUUGAGCAGGCCACAUCUCUGGGGGAUUGUUUAUUUUUUGAUUUUCCUCAAGCAGGAUUAGUUUAAGACAUUACCAUGUCCUGACACAAAUGAAAUCUCUUCUGAGAACCAUCGCAACAGACCAAGAACAAAACCACCUGAUUAGGGCUCACCUGUCUGUCCAUGGCGCUGGCAGACAGGCCAAGUUCUUGGUUACCUUGUGCCAUUCAUGGCCACAGUGAAGGAACCACAUUCCAGGCGGGUGCUGGCAGCUCUGAAGGUCAGGAUAGUGAAGGAAAAGCAAUAGCAAUAAACACUUCAUAGACUCAUGGAACUGAAGGGACCUUAGCAACCAUCUCAUCCAUUCCCCUGUUUGACAGAUGAGGAAGCUGAGGCCCAGAGAAGCGGAAAGGACUUCCCUAGACCUUGCAGUAAAUCAGCAUUAAAUGCAGCCUUCCUGCCUGGGGCAUGUUGCCCAUGAAAAUUUACCUAGGGAUGGAUUGGCUUGGUUUUGUAAAAAUGAAGUCAGCAGUGCCCACACCUGGUGAGCUCGGGAACAGUCUCUGGGCUUUUGUUUCUGCUCUUUCCCUCCAUAGAUUCCAAAGGCGGGGAUUGAAGACUGGGCAGAGGUGACAUGGGGGCAGAUGGCAGGAACAGAAAUUGCAAAUGAAGAAAUAGCAUUUGGAAAUUCUGUGAAGACAUCUGGAACUCUCAUCCUAUACCUGACUCCAGCCCUAGGGAUGGCUGAAAAGGAGUCCAUGCUUUUUAAGACAGUAGCCCCUCAUCCUGAGAGGAGAGGAGGAGACAUGGGCUCUCCUGGGAGAAGAGGGACGCACUGGUCUCAGCCAGGAGCCCGGUAGUCUAGCACUGUCCCCCUGCUCCCAGCACUUGGCUGGGCCAGCAGCCCCUUUGGGGAUGCGGGGAGAGGAACAUUUUACUGUACAGAAUGGAAUCAUUGAUAACAUUUAUAACUUUUAAAUAACUCUCUUCAUUUUAAAUUCAUGCAUACUUGGACAUAAUCCCUACCCCUACCUGCCGUGUCUCCCUAAAGGAGGAGAAAAUCAGGAAGCCCUUGGGCCAGAAGGACCUCAGAGGCUAUCUGGCUGUUCCCAGGAGGGCAAAGCCCAGCAGCAUCCUCAACCCAGAGCCAGGAGUUGAGGGCCCACCUUCUUGGCUUUCCAGGGAAAUGCAGCACUGUCAGGUAACACCUACGCUGCAUCUCCGGGGAGGCCCUGGGACUCACAGUUGGGCCUGGGAAGUGGCCGUCGGCACCUGGACUAAGGUGUGUGAUACCGAGUGCCCACCAUGUGGCCAGCACUGUGCUUUAUGCUUCGCAACUCAUAAUCCUCACAGCAGGAUGGGAGAGCAGGUGAUGCUUUGCCUCCUGGGUCCUCAGAGGUGCCCUCCCUUUCCUGCCCACCUGAGAAGCCCGAGAGAGAGAAGCCUGUGCCCUAAGAGAGCACACGGGGAUCCUUAGUUCCUCGACCAGGGAUUGAACCCGCUCCCCCUGCAGUGGAUGUGUGGAGUCUUAACCACUGGACUGCCAGGGAAGACCCUCUGUCUUUUAAAACCAUACCAAACACCAAAAGAACCUGGAAUUAACUAAAAACCCUCUCUCCCCAGAGCCUGAGGGCCUACCACCUAUUACCUGGCACAGUCAGGCUUCUGCAGAAAGCUCAGCCCACUGGGACCUGGCUCUGGUCUCGCCACAUCCCUGUGUCGGCUAGCCAGGGGAUGCUAGUCCUGACCUUGCAGCAGCGCCUGGCUUUGUGACCCACCCUGCUCCCCACACUCUCGUCCUUCCCUGGCUUCCAGGACGCUGCACUCUCCUGCUUGCUUUCCUUCCCACCUUUCUGGGCCUUCCCUGAGCUCUCUCCCUGGAACGUGCUCCCUCCCAGUCCAGUCCUGGUGCAAAUGCCCAUCUGAGUGCUUCCAGGUAUCAUCAUAGGCCAGGUCUGUCCCUCGAGCGCCGCGGGCCUGCACGUGCAGGUGCCUCAGGACAUCCCGUGGGUCUGCAUCACUGCUCCCCACCCAGCUGGCCCGAAUCCCGUGAGCCACAUCCCAGCACCAAGGCCUAGCAGUUCCGUCCUCUGUCCCAGGAGUCUUUCCAUCGCCCCCGCAAACCCCUGCUCCUCCGUCUCUUGUCUGGAUGGCUGCAACAGCCUCCUGUGGGUCCCUGCUCCCACAGCUCCUGCACCCUCCACAGUGGUCAGGAAUGAGCUGGCUAGUCAUACUUUUUAGCCUUCCUGAAUGCUCUAGAGGCUCCUUGGGCAUCCCUGGCAUAGGGCCAGUGGCUUCCAAGAGCCCAUGUGGCUGCCUUCUGCUGCCACCCCCAGCCCAGCCUUCACACCUGAGUCACUCUGUACUUGAAGCUUCUCCGGCUCCUCCUAUUUUCAUUGCCGUCCGGCCUUUGUACAUGCUGUUCCCCCUCUGUGGAACACAGCUCCCCUUCCCACAUUCUCCAGCCCUCAAUAUGCCUUACUUACCCCAUCCAUUUGCCAGGCUCCACUUCCUCUAGAGCUGUGCUGUCCAAUACAGGAGCCACUAGCCACAUGAGGUUAUCAAGCCCUUGAAAUAUGCUACUUCAUAUUAAGACGUGCUUUAAGUGUAUUUUACAUACCACAUUUCAAAGCAAAAAAAUGGUUAAUUCAUAAUUUUUAUACUGAUUUCAUAUUGAAAUGAAA